UGUACCGCAAUUCAUUUCCAGAGUAACUUUCGUGCCGCUCGGAUUGUUUUUGUGCGUCGUCCGUCGCUCAGUUGCUAAUUCGCCCCGUACGUCGCUCGUUCGAUCGCUGUCGCUAUUCGCCGCGUUCGCCGAUAAGCCAAGCACAAGCCAAUAACAACACAAAAUUCGCCGUCGCCAAAGCAAAUCAAACUUAACUCAAAUCAAACAAACAACAAGAUCAAAUCGAAUAACUAUAGCCUAGAGCUAUAGAAAAACAACAAAUCGGAGAGAAAUACUAAGUAAUACGAUAUAUAUAUAUACAUAUAUCGGGGAUAUAUCCAAGUGCCAGUGACGAGAAUCUGUUUUUUUACCGUGUUGCCAGUGCCAAACAAUAUAUAAACAUCGCAUUCAAAGAAACAAAACAAACAUCUCUGGAAUACAAUAUAUAUAUAUAUAUAAUUAUAUAUAGAAAUCUAUAUAUACCCAUGCUAUAACCAUAUAGUAGCUGGAUCUGAAAACAAGUCACCAUUGGAAUAACAGCACCGUUUUGCUUCUAGUUUUGUUUGUGUUUUUUUUUCGAUCAAAAGAUUGAGAGACACUUUGAGCAGGACCUUAGCCCGGCAAUCAUCGAACGGACUAACAUCAAGUUCAAACUGGUGGAUCGUUCCAGCCAUAUAGAUACGGAUUAUAGAAGCCUGAGGCCAGUGGAGACACACAGCUUCAACGUGGCGCUGCACUCGACCGAGGCCUUGAUGGCGGCGGGCUUCCUCAAGUCGGGCGAUUUGGGCCCCCAUCCGCACAGUUAUGGCGGGCCACAUCCGCAUCAUUCGGUGCCCCAUGGACCGCUGCCGCCGGGCAUGCCAAUGCCAUCACUGGGUCCCUUCGGCCUCCCACAUGGUCUGGAGGCCGUCGGGUUCUCCCAAGGUAUGUGGGGUGUGAACACACGUAAACAGCGUCGCGAACGCACCACAUUCACACGCGCCCAAUUGGACGUUUUGGAGGCCCUGUUUGGCAAGACCCGUUACCCGGACAUCUUCAUGCGCGAAGAAGUGGCCCUCAAGAUCAAUCUGCCCGAGUCUAGAGUACAGGUCUGGUUCAAGAAUCGUCGCGCCAAGUGCCGCCAGCAGUUGCAGCAGCAACAGCAAUCCAACAGUUUGAGCAGCUCGAAGAAUGCCAGCGGUGGAAGCGGUGGCAGUUGCAGCAGUUCAUCGGCCAAUAGCCGCAGCAACAAUAGCAACAACAACAGCAGUAGCAACAACAACUCACAGAGCAGCAACAACAAGAGCAGCCAAAAGCAGGGUAACUCACAGUCGAGCCAACAAGGUGGCGGCGGUGGAAAUUCGAAUGGCAACAACAGCAACAAUUCAGCGGCAGCGGCGGCCAGUGCAGCAGCAGCGGUGGCAGCGGCCCAAUCGAUCAAGACGCACCACAGUUCCUUUUUGAGUGCCGCUGCGGCGGCAGCCUCGGGCGGUACAAAUCAAUCGGCCAACAGUAACAACAACAAUAACCAAGGUGGCGGUAAUUCAACGCCCAACAGCAGCAGCAGCGGCGGCGGCGGUGGAAGCCAAGCGGGCGGACAUUUGUCGGCAGCGGCAGCAGCGGCCGCCUUGAAUGUAACGGCCGCCCAUCAGAACUCCUCGCCACUAUUGCCCACACCGGCCACGUCGGUCAGUCCGGUUAGUAUCGUUUGCAAAAAGGAGCACUUGUCCGGCGGCUAUGGAUCGAGUGUAGGUGGUGGCGGCGGCGGCGGCGGCGGUGGUGGCGGUGGCUCCACCGGUGGUCUCAAUUUGGGCGUUGGCGUUGGCGCUGGUCUUGGCGUUGGUGUAGGCGUGUCACAGGAUCUAUUGCGUUCGCCAUAUGAUCAGCUAAAAGAUGCCGGCGGAGAUAUCGGAGCUGGAGUACAUCAUCAUCAUAGCAUCUAUGGAUCGGCGGCCGGUAGCAAUCCACGUCUCUUGCAACCGGGUGGCAAUAUCACACCGAUGGAUAGCAGCAGCAGCAUUACCACACCAUCGCCGCCCAUCACACCAAUGUCGCCACAAUCGGCAGCUGCAGCGGCACAUGCCGCCCAAUCGGCCCAGUCCGCCCAUCAUUCAGCAGCCCAUUCAGCGGCCUAUAUGUCCAAUCAUGAUUCGUACAAUUUCUGGCAUAAUCAAUAUCAACAAUAUCCCAAUAACUAUGCCCAGGCGCCAAGCUAUUAUUCACAAAUGGAAUACUUUAGCAAUCAGAAUCAGGUCAACUAUAAUAUGGGACAUUCGGGGUAUACGGCCUCGAACUUUGGCCUAUCGCCAUCGCCAUCGUUUACGGGCACCGUGUCGGCGCAGGCAUUCUCACAGAAUAGCUUGGAUUACAUGUCGCCGCAGGAUAAGUAUGCGAAUAUGGUGUAGAACCUACUCUUCCAAUACUGCAGCGGUGGCAACAACAACAACAACAACAACAGCAAUUCGGGGGGCAGUGGAAGUGGUUCAGGUUCGGGUUCCGGAUCUGGUAGC